GUUCCUGCAUGGAAGGAAAAACGAGACGUGGCGAAAUCGGGUGAAUCUCUGCUGCCAUAUAGUCUCUGCGUAUAAUUUGUAGGAUUUAUUGUUCACUUUGUAGCCUUGGGAAGUGUUUACUUGUUUUUCUUUUUCUUCUUUUCUGUUUUCGGCUAAAUGGGUGAUCACGCAUUCGCUUUACAGCUGCCAGGUCCUUCUAACAUCAUACCCCUGCCUGAGCUCUCCCAGUUCAUCAGAUACUACAACAGUCCAGCGAGCCCGGUGUAUGAUCUCCUCAAUUACAACAAUAAUAACUCAUCGUGUCUGUUUCCCCCUGUUGCAGCUCAGCAAACCAUGCAGGAUGAUUUACUGAUGGACAAAAACAAAGCCCAGCCUCACCAUCAGCAAGAUCCGACGCAAGUAGACCCUCCUCCCUCCACACCGACACCGUCAUCGGAGCCCACUUCUUCUUCAUCCGAGUCGGAGAGCCCGUCGACCGGGAGCAAUCAAGCUGCUUCAGCGCUGAACAGCGGCAGCAAGGACAAAUUGCCCAUGGAGUCGCCGAUCUUGCCCGGCUUGAGCUUCCACCACCAGCCUCAGGAGACCGGUGGCCCCCUUUCCUCCCCUUCCUCUUCGUUUGGGAGCACUUGGUCCACGGGAACCACAAACGCCGUGGACGACAGCCUUUUCCAAGGAAUACCCUCCGUGAACGGAACGAUGCUUUUCCAGAACUUCCCCCACCAUGUCAACCCGGUAUUUGGGGGUAAUUUCUCCCCGCAAAUCGGCCUGGCUCCCCAGUCCCAACAGCAUCAACAGCAAGCCCAGCAGCAGCAGCCCCAGCAGAGGAGAUCUCCCGUCAGCCCCAGUCAAGGCCCCUUCCCCCAGAGAAACGCUUAUCAGACCAUCAUGAACAACAGUAAGGGGUCUUCGUCGUCUUCCUCUGCCUCAUCGUCCGCUUGGAAUAAUCACCAAAACGCCGCAUGGAGCACAGCCUCCAACCCAUGGAGCGGGCUGCCGGCGGGCAGAGACCCGCGCCGAGCGGUGGGCGUCGGGGUAGGGGUCGGGGUUGGAGUCGGCGUCGGUGUGCCGUCACCCCUCAACCCAAUCUCCCCGAUGAAAAAAACUUAUACCAGCAAUGUUAUAGCACCCCCCAAAUUCCCAAGACCCGGUCCCCUCACACCAAAGCCCUGGAUGGAGGACAGCGCAUUCAGAACUGACAACAGCAACAACAUACUACCUUUCCAGGACCGGAAUCGGCCCUUUGAUGCUUUUAGCUUGCACUCUUUGGAGAAUUCCUUAAUGGAUAUGAUAAGGACUGACCAUGACAAAGGUAAACCACACCCUGCCGGUGGCCCACCAAUGACUAUCGCUGAUAUUAUAUGGAGGAAUCAUUUUGCAGGGCGUAUGGGACUCAACAUCCAUCAUCCCGGAGCAGAUCACAUAAUGCAGCUGAAUACCCGGAGCUAUGGCCGCCGAAGAGGUCGUUCCUGUCUUUUUCCCUUUGAAGAUGGCUUCCUUGACGACGGCCAUGGUGACCUCUCCUUGACUCCAGGCUUGAACUCCCCAACCCGCUGUCAAAACGGAGAGAGGAUGGAGCGCUACUCUAGGAAAGUCUUUGUUGGAGGCCUCCCUCCUGACAUAGAUGAAGAUGAAAUCACCAACAGUUUCCGUCGUUACGGGCACCUGGUGGUAGACUGGCCUCACAAAGCUGAGAGCAAAUCCUACUUCCCACCUAAAGGCUAUGCCUUCCUGCUGUUCCAAGAAGAGACUUCUGUUCAGGCCUUAAUCGACGCCUGCAUCGAGGAGGACGGCAAGCUCUACCUAUGUGUAUCCAGCCCCACCAUCAAAGACAAACCGGUUCAGAUCCGUCCCUGGAACCUGAGUGACAGUGACUUUGUCAUGGACGGCUCCCAGCCUCUGGAUCCCCGCAAGACCAUCUUCGUUGGGGGUGUGCCACGGCCCCUUCGUGCAGUGGAGCUGGCUAUGAUCAUGGACCGGCUGUACGGAGGUGUUUGCUACGCUGGCAUCGACACCGACCCAGAGCUCAAAUAUCCGAAGGGAGCCGGCCGUGUGGCCUUCUCCAAUCAGCAGAGCUACAUCGCUGCAAUCAGUGCCCGCUUUGUUCAGCUGCAACACAACGACAUCGACAAAAGGGUGGAGGUGAAGCCGUAUGUCCUUGACGACCAGAUGUGCGACGAGUGCCAGGGAGCACGCUGCGGGGGGAAGUUCGCCCCCUUCUUCUGUGCCAACGUCACCUGUCUGCAAUACUACUGCGAGUACUGCUGGGCCAGCAUCCACUCACGAGCCGGUCGAGAGUUUCACAAGCCACUGGUGAAGGAGGGGGGCGACCGCCCACGGCACGUGUCCUUCCGCUGGAGCUGAGAAGGGGUGGCGUGGGUCAUGAGUCUGACCUACCCUCGUUGAUCCCAGAAAAAAAAAACCAAAAAAAACAAAAAAAACUCCUGCAGCCUGGGGACUGCGCUGCUAGGUCUCCCCUCUCACAGCACCCCCACCAUGCUCCACCCUGCUCCCCACAAGGCCCUCAUGAAGAAAAAGAAAAUAAAGCUAAACGGACACCAUCAUUUUCACAUGACUGUAACUACCACAGCUCUGAACUCAUUGUCUAGUGUUCCCUUCUGAUGAAGCUUUGUGGAGAAAAUGACAUGCAAAACUCCAUCAGCUUAGAAUUUGCACUUUGGCACAGAAUUUCACUGAAAACACACACACAUACACACACAUACAAAAUGAUAUGUUCAAGACACCAGGCUACUUUAGGUUCCCUGUUCUGUUGACUGGGUGGUGUGGUACGUCCCGUUGGACCCCUCCCCGUGCUAAAACAGAGGUGGGACCAUAUGAAUAUUUAAAAAAUAUAUCUAUUUUUUCUUGUUUUGUAACUGUCUAUACAUAUAUAGAUAAUUUAAAAUAAGUAAAAGGAGCAUGCACUUAUUUUCAAAAGGCUGUAGCUAUAUUGCCCCUAGUAAAAGAAAAAAAGAAUUACCAAAGGCAAAUUAAAUUAAAUGAAAUGCAAAUGGAAAAGCAAAAUAGGUGGCAUAAGAUGUAGCAAGAUUUAGCAACUAUGUAGUAGUGUGGGUCCAUAUCGCCCAGAGUAAAAAAUUAAAAUAAAACGGAUAUAUUCGCUCUCAAUUUUGACUCUAAAAAUAUUAAUACCUCAUACAAGCAAAUCAGAUUAAUUAGCUUUUGAUUUCUAAGUCUUUAUUUUUAUAAUAACAUUAUUUUUUUAGUAUUAUGUAAAUGUAAUGCUGCAAUAGCUUUGCUGCUAAAUCCAUGGUAUAAACGGAUACCAUAAAUACUUUAUUCAGGCUAGGGUGUAGAAUAAUAAAGAGCAGAUCCAGGGGAACACCUGGGAUUUCAGAACGACUAGCUGUCUCGGGGGGCUUCUCUCUCCGAGUGGUGGGGGGGGGGUCGCCCCUAACUGCAUGUUUCUUUCAAUCAAGUUGCUGCAUGCAAUAGACUCUUCAGUAACAUGUCUACUAUUCGAUUCUGCCCAUGUUUGCACAACUCACAAUAAGUUCCACUCGCAUGAAACUGGACAGAAACUGGGAAGACUGGUUAAAGGAAUCAUGGCAACUCCGUGUCAGAUUGAAGGGUGGGGGCGGGUGAAUAAAUCAUCUAAUAAUCACAAAUCAAAUUAAAUGUAGGAUUACCAUUUAAAACUGUCUGAUAGGUGAAGUACUUUUUUGCAGUGAUUGUUGAUAUAAUUGUGCAAUUUUUUAUACCGUAUGUAGUUAGAUCUGAGUAUGCCUAGAACUGUGAUUCGCUUUAACUGUUGUUUAUGUCCGACAUAGAAGUCCUGUGAAACUUCAUAACUAGUGUAUGCACACAUAUAUAUAUAUAUAUAUGUUCUCUUGCACACACAUACACACAUAGAAAAGCCUCUGGACACACAUGAACACACACUUUUGGACGACUGUCUUUCUUAAUCGCACAAACAGGCCUGCAAAUACGAGUCUGACCUGAAGAAGAGACGCAACAAAUGUGAGCUUAAACCUUAAACUGACAACUGAGGUUGUUUUUUCUUUUCUACUUUAGUUAUUGUUCCACCUUCAGCAAAAAGCAAAAGUUUAGGUCCUAGAAACGCAACCAAAGAGCUCACGCAUUCGGCUUUGAACAGACUUCGUAAGAGGGUGGUUUUUGCAAAGAAAAACGUACAAAAAACAACAAAAAAAAAAAGACGUUGAAGCUACUGGAGAGUUGAGGUUGAUAUAAUGAGCCCCUGCACAAUGCUCUCACUAAAAAAAGGAGGGGUUUGGGGUGGGAAAGGGGGAACAGUGUUGCUCCGAACAUGCAUAUGUGCGAGCUGGGGGUUACCACAUUUAUCCAGAUUUUUUAUUUUUUUCCUGCAAAGCUUGAAGUAACAGACCUGCUUAAAAAAACUAAGUAAAAUAAAAGGUGGACAUAUAUAUUUUUUAGUUUUUAUCCAUCAGGAGUGUGGGUUGGGUGGUAGUCAUGAAUGCAAAGCAUGGAAAAUUAAUUUGCUUUUUGGAGGUGGGCAAGGCGGGGCCGAGUUACACUGUGUUUUGUUUUGUUUUGUUUUGUUUUGUUUUUUCUUAGCAGUUUUGUGGACAAUCCAAACAGGAUCCUACACCAUUGCAAAUUAUUGCAUGUUGCCCCUUUACCCCUCUUUUUUUAAUUUUCAUUUUUUUUUUAAAACUCCCUGAGAUGUGAUUGUCCUGUCCUGGUGCCCCGCAGUCCCUCUCCUCUUUCUUGACUUAGUCGUAAACUGUUUUAUUCUUUCCCGCUUUUUUUGUUUCUUGUACAAAGAAAGCUAAUUGAAACUAGAAAAAAAAGAAGAAAAAAAGGGGUUAAACAUAAGUAAUAAUUAUAAACAUCCCUAUGAAAGUGAAUUCUGGGUGUUUUUUUUUUUUGUUUGUUUUUUGUUUGUUUGUGUGUGUGUGUGUCACAUUUUUUCCCUCCCCACACCCAGACAGGUUUUCUAUGUUUGUUCCUUCUCUAUGGUUGAUAUUUGUUAUGCACUACACUUUGUAUCUGAACAGUUUGACAGUCAGCAGUUGUUUUUGUUAAAGGACAACAAAGAAAAAAAAAGAAGACUACAAAGCGUGCUUUCUGACUGGCAAGAUCUUUUGCAAUACCUCAAUUUUUGAAAUAUAUUAGGAGAGAAAAAGAUAUUUUCUAAGUAAGUUUAUUCAGAUGAAAAAAUAUAUAUUAAUUUAAAUUAAAGAAAAAUGAUUUAACAGAUGGCAGAUUUUUUUUAUUAUUAUUUUUUAUCAUGUUUUUUGUUUUCAUUUUAAGAAUUUAUUUUUUUUAAAAAAGACAACAAUUGAAGGAGCUAGAGCUUUAUAACUAAUAUAAUGAUGUAGGUAGCGAGAGUAUUGUCUACUUUAUCACAGUGGAAGCUGGAGCAAGAGUCCCACUGGUCGAACCGGUUGAUACAUCAGAGAGAACUCUAUAAGGAAAUCAACUAUCAGGUGCUCGGAGAGGAAAAAUUAAACAGAUUUCCCACUUUUUUGUAUAUUUAUAAUCAAUCAUUUACUAUGCUGACCAGAGUUGUGAAAGAGACCUUCUGUUCGUUAUUUUUUUAAGAGAAGUUUUUUAUGUUUACUAAAAGUAUGUGCUCCCUUUUGUUUUGUACAAAAAAAAUGUUUGGGGAAAAAAGCAACCCUGAUUUCUUGGCCUGUCAUGGUUGGGAGAGAAAUAAAGAGAAGACUUGUGAGAGUCACUGAACAGCUGGAGGUAGAGAAAGAAGAAUGUUAUUUUUAAACACAAAAACAGACACAAAUGUUUUCACCCGUAACUUGAUCGAAAGCCCCCAAGGUGCAUCAAUUGACUGGUGGCCUUCUAUUCACGUAAGACUUGAAUUAGUCCCAUUUUUUUAAGGCUAACAACCUUGAUUCUUUGUUGUAAUGUGCAAUACUGUUUGUACUGUUUGUAGAAAAGAAGAAAACAAGAAAAAAAAGAGGCAUAAAUCUUUACUGCAGAAUUAUUUUCAUUGCAAGCAUUGUGAUUCACUAAAAUCAUUUUCUACUGUGUAUUUACCUACUCUACCUGCUAGUACCUUCCAGUAGUAAUGUAGCCUUUGUACGGAAAAAGUUUUCAUUAUUUUUAGAAAGUUUUGCUAAAAAAGAAAAGAAUUUAAACAUAUUUGCAUUUUUAUUUCAUAUUUUUCUUUACACUUAUUUCUCAACCAUUAUGGGGGAGACUUUCAUAUCUGGUCACUGUCAUUAAUAUUAUUUUGUAUUUUUACUUGGAAUAAAUUAAUUUUAUGAUGAUAAUUCUUUAAAAGUAUUUUUUUUUUCCAUUUGUUCACUUUUUCAUUUUUUGAAACUGAUAAACUUUGUAAUAUUGUUACUAAAGUGUCUUGUUUCUUGCUAAGCUUUAUGUGUUAACUCGCUGAUGUUGCUUACAUUAGUGUGAAAAUGAUCUACAGAGAUCUACUCACAAAUAAACAGAUUGGUGAUUGGUGCUGUAUAAGUGAUUCGCAAUGUAAACAAAUGAAUGGGCAAUAAAAUAAAAAUGGCAGAAUGGAGCAUA